UGUGAGUGUGUGGCUAGAAUAAAUUGCUGGGAGGGGACAGCAGAAUUAAGCGGGUUUUAUUUAGACGGUAAUCCUUCAUCGCAAUCGCAGCGGCUAGUAAAAUGUCCCGGCAUAGGAAAGGAUAAAGCUCCUGGAUUAUGGGAGGCCCCUCCCCCGUGUUUUCCUUUCUUUUUUCCCAUCUUUCUCCUGUCUGUGCACACUGGGAGCCCCAGCAUAAAUCGCAGGAGCCUGUACGCUCAGAGGCCGGGCCACCAUGGAGUAGCGAGGCUGGGCUUCAGCAGGUGUGUUUGUGUGGACGCGGCGCGCGGUGUCUCCUUUCCUUUCUUUGGCAUCUGCUGCUAAUAUUUCCAGAUAUUAAUUAUUCAGCGAUCGCCUGCGUGCGGGGGGCCACUUGAUAGCGCGACCGCUAGGGAAGGGGCAGAAAAAAAGGAAAAGAAACUACAGCUGGAAACCGAGUGUAACGGCAAUACCUUGAACGUCAUCGCUAUUUUUUCCCUUCCUUCUUUCUUUCCUAUUCUUUUGAUGUAAGCGUAACUGAAGACCUGAAAGAAAACACCCUGCGUUUUCCCCCCUCUCUUCCUUCUCCAAUGCUGGUUAGCUGUAAGCAGUCGAGCCUCGGCCGGUCUCAGAGCUGGGACACCCUCGGGGGUAAUGAAGGACACUGGGACAGGGAAGGCAGCUACGACCCCCAAGCUAGGAUUUCGGGCCGGAGGAACUCGUUGACCUACGGGGGCGACGGCGGCGGCUGGUACGAGCCGCCUCCCCCGGGGGUUCGUCCCCCCGAUUUGGAUCUGAAACGGGAACCCUGCUCCUACCAGGACUCCCUCUACAACCAGGGCUACCCGGAGAGGCAUGAGCAGCGAGCCAUGAGGAAGAGCUCGGUGCCCGAACUGAACAGUCAUUACGACAGGCCGGGCGUGGCCGCCAGGUCUCCCGCCCCCCCUCAGGAUUACUACCAGCACGACCCUGCGCUCGCGGGACGGCCGGCCGAAGACCCGCGGGGGUUUUACAGGGGCGAGCAGCAGCACCCGCUGAGCAGGUCGGCCCAGCAUUACGGGAUGACCGCAGGGGGCCGGCCACCGUGGGAUCAGGGGCAAGGGAGGCCCGGACCCCACCCCCAAAUGCCUGCUCCUGCUCCUACCCCCGCUCCUGGGCCUCCUCCUCCGCCCACGGCGCACGAGAUGAGCCGCCUUUACAGGGACCUGGCCGCGGCUAAGAUGAUGCAGGAUGGCCAGCGCAUGUCCGUCAGGGACCCGCCUCUGGGUCGCUAUGCCGGGGAGUCCCCCGCUCAACGGUACGCUGCCGAGCUGCCCCCUCCUCCUCCCCCUCCCUCGCCAGGCCGGCCCGCCUACUGCGAUGUUAACGGCCGCCCCCUGGACCCGCGGCAGCCCGCGCCCACCUGCCUGGUGGUGGACCCGGCGGCUCAGGGAAUGGACGGGACCGUGUCCCGCGGGAUGGUGCUCAGGCAGGAGAGCCCCUCCACGUACAGCCACGUCCCCAUGCAAAACCUGCCCUACGACCCUGGCUACGACCCCAGCGUUUCCAUGGGAGCGCCCAUGGUCACGCCCGGCUCUAUGGUGGGCCCUUCGCACCUCCCUCCGGCAGCGUCUCACCCAGCGGCUGUGCCUACAGCUACACCAGCGCCCCCUCCAACGCCGGCUCCGGGACCCCCUGUGGCGCCUGCUCCGUUGCCCCCGGUGACGCCUACGCCUGCGGACCCGAAGAGGAACGCGGACCCCGAAUUCCUGGCGCUCCUACGUGGGGAGGGCCUGUCGGAGAGCACCAUCACCUCCCUGCUCCAGCAGGGCUUCGACUCGGCCGCCAUGCUGGCCAUCAUGGAGGAGAACGACGUGCGCUCCAUGGCCCCCAACCUGGGCCAGGCCCGGGUGCUGUCCCGCAUGGCCCUUAGCUUCAGACGGCCUGCCGAGACCCCCGCAGUGGCCCCCCAGGGCCCCGCCCGGCCCCGCUCCAACAGCUUCAGCUAUCGAAAUGACCUGUACCUGCAGCAGCAGGGUCUGGACCCCCAGCUAUUGCCCCAGCCCCCGAAUGCCAUGCAGGCCAUCUCAGGCCCACCCAGGGUGGGGGAGAUCAUGGGCAGGAGGCCCAACAGUGCCCCCUCUCAGCACCUUUUGGAAACUACUGGCUACCCCGGAGUCCGUUCCCCUGUGGGUUUCCCUGGCAACCCUGGCAACUACGGUAACCCUGCCCCCCAGGGUCGUCCCAUGUCGGCCUACACUGGUCACCCUGGCAACCCCGGCUUCGCCAUGGGGCCACAGCAGCACCCGCUGAUGCCGCCCAUCAACGCCGUGGUCACCCCCAGGGCGUACUCCACCAACUACACGGUGCCCAUGGAGCUGAUGAAGAGGGCGCCCAGCCUGCCGCCCACGUCGCCCAUGCAGAGCCCCCACCCCAGCCCCCAGCCCAUGCGCAAGUCCGGGGCACCACCCGAAAACACCAUGAUGCCCGGCGGCUCCUCCUUCCAAGCGCAGAACGCCUCCAACCAGAAGCUCACCCGCAGAACUGGCCCUCCGGUCAUCGUCUCCACCAUGGCCUCGCCUGACUCAAGCAUCCGGCCCCAGAUUAUGAACGGCCCCAUGCAGCCACGCCCCCUGGUGGCCCUUCUGGACGGGCGGGACUGCACUGUGGAGAUGCCCAUCCUCAAAGACCUGGCCACUGUGGCGUUCUGCGAUGCCCAGUCCACACAGGAGAUCCAUGAGAAGGUCCUGAACGAGGCGGUGGGGGCUAUGAUGUACCACACCAUCACUCUGACCCGCGAGGAUCUGGAGAAAUUCAAGGCCCUGAGGAUCAUCAUUCGUAUCGGCAGCGGCUACGACAACAUCGACAUCAAGGCCGCCGGUGAUCUGGGGAUCGCCGUGUGUAACAUCCCGUCGGCGGCGGUGGAGGAGACGGCCGACUCCACCCUCUGCCACAUCCUGAACCUGUACCGGCGGAACACCUGGCUGUACCAGGCCCUGCGGGAGGGCACGCGCGUGCAGAGCGUGGAGCAGAUCCGCGAGGUGGCGUCCGGCGCCGCCCGCAUCCGCGGCGAGACGCUGGGCCUCAUCGGCUUCGGUCGCUCGGGGCAGGCGGUGGCCGUGCGGGCCAAGGCCUUUGGCUUCAACGUGAUCUUCUACGACCCGUACCUGCAGGACGGGCUGGAGCGCUCGCUGGGGGUGCAGCGCGUCUACACCCUCCAGGACCUGCUCUACCAGAGCGACUGCGUGUCCCUGCACUGCAACCUCAACGAGCACAACCACCACCUGAUCAACGACUUCACCAUCAAACAGAUGCGGCAGGGGGCGUUCCUGGUGAACUCGGCGCGGGGCGGGCUGGUGGACGAGAAGGCGCUGGCCCAGGCUCUGAAGGAGGGGCGGAUACGCGGGGCGGCCCUGGACGUCCACGAAUCGGAGCCCUUCAGGUGAGGAGUGGGGGGCGGGGACUGAGCUGGGUUAAUGAAACAGAACUGGGGCAGUCUGGACCCCCCUCCACGUUUCGGUGUCAGAGCAGUACUACGCAGAUGAAUUUGUUUGCAUGGCUAAUUGAACAUCAGAUUAGUACUAGAUGCGUCCCAGUUUUUAUUAACCUUGUCCUUGACCUCUUACACAGAGCUCUCUGACAUGGGGUAGUGUGCUCUACUUAAAUCAGCACACUCAUUACUGUAAUAAGGCUCAGGGCAACAGGUCAAAGGUGGGUUUUUAGCCUUCCUAAUUAUAAACUAGCAGUUCUUCAGUUGUUCUUUCUUCACCUUUUCGCAUCAGAAGCCAAUAGAAACAUCCCAGAAUAACAGCCUGACUGACUCGAAAUGGGGAGGGGGCAGCCUUACCCACAGACCUGUUUGAAAACAGGUUAGGGAUCGUUUCGUCGCUUUUUGAUUUUUACCGAACAGAGUGAAAAUAACGAGGCGUUGUGAAGUGUUGUCGUGCCGGUGCGUGGGGUUGGUGCUUCGGGUGGGAUCUGUCUGGGGAUUCGGCAGCUGCAGAACGAGCCCUGUUUCUGCCAUCCGACUCGCCCCGGCGAAGCAGGAGAGCUCUCAACUCCGCUUUCUGUCUGCGCCUGGAAGCCUGCUGCCUUUUUUAGCCCCGUCACAUCACUGAGAGCACCACACAAAGACCUGGGGAGAAGCAGCCCUCUGAAAGGGAGGCAGCUCCUUGGUUUUCUUCAGCUAACAGCUAGGAGAAGCUGCCAAAUGACUGUGUCUGACACUUUCCCUCCCGUUUCUCUCUUUCUCACUUUCUCUUUCACACUCUCUCACUCUGUUCUUCUUUCUCCCCCCGCUGU